GAAGAUGCAUUGUCGCGGCGGUGCGCCAUUUCCCUAAGGAACAAGGACAAGGCGUGCCUACGGCACUUUUACCGGAUGAUGCAUCGCGGAGGCGUCGGCACCCCAUCACUCUACAUGGCUGAUCCUCAAGAGGAGAAGAUGUGGACAAGAAAGGUCUGCCAGAGUUCGAGGGUGGUUUUACUGGUCACCAGUGGCUGCUUGGUAAGCGUCAGUUGCUACAACUGCGUCUUCCUCUUCGCGGUGCCCAACGAUUGGGGAUUCGAAAAAAUCGGGAUGCACCAAACACAAGGAGAACUGGCGCUCAACACUGUGUACAACAUCGUGCUCUUCACAAACGCAGCCAGUGACGUCAUCCUCAUAUUCAGCAUUUAUUUUAAACAGUGCACGCAUGCAGAUACCGAAGGUCGCAACAUCAUCGGAAUAUUGAAAAUGUUCAUCGCCUGGAACGCCGUCACCAUCUUCCUCUGCUGGAUCGCUGCGUGCAUUCAAGUUCAUUACAGGUACAGCCAGGUACUUCAAGACACUGGUGAUUCGCCCAACGGCAGCCUCGAAACGAGGGGACCCAAUGUGUUUACGGUCAAUGAAGAUCACAAACCACACGAGCAGGACCGGGAUUUUUGGAGUGUUCUCGUGUUGGUCACAGUGAUAGCAAGCGUGAGGGCGCUGGUCCUGGUGUGCUUCUACCUGAGUUACCUGUCGAAGCUGGAACAGGAGGCGGAGGCCACACCGGCGCUGUCACCCGACCUGUCAAGCCAUUCGGUUGUGGAUCCGCGCAACCCGUGGCGCUGGUUCCAGAUCGAAAGGCGCCCCGUGAGCAGACCCCGUUCGCCCCACGUUCCCAGCGACGGUCGCCAGACUCGACGCAGCGGUGCCGGGUCAUUCUCGCUCCUCGAGUGGCUAACUCCUAACCCCUGGCGAUCCAUUGGGUCGUCGAGCGAGCCCACCCCCGGUCCCGGGCCUCCGCGCCCCGGCGGACUCGCCAAGACUCGAAGCCGCGGCAGUACUGGCGGUGCCCCAUCACUGGCCAGCGGGGUGACGCAACCAGCCACGCUGUACGACCCGGCAGAGCUACGUAGCCCGAGCGGCCUCGAGGACUUGCAGGAGCAGAGCGGCUACGCCAUGCACGUGGUGCCCAACCUGGGGCGGAUCUCGUACACUUUGCACAAGUCUUCGUCGAACGCUGAGAUGCCAGGGGCGAGCAGCUCUCGCGAGCGGUGGAUCCCCUCCUCAUCCAGCUUCGAGGCGAUGCAGAUCGAAGAGCUCGGAUGCGGCUUGGGUCCGCCCCACAUGAGGCACUUCGAGGAGACUGCCCGUUACGAUCCGCGCCGCUUGGUCCUUCCCACAGAACCCGACCUGGUCGCCGACGAAGGCCACGAUCUCGAAUGCCCAGCUAAGGACCAGCCGGAGCAGUUGGCCCAACAAGUCAGCCCAAUCGAGGUUUCGGCGAAAGGGCUGACCCGAGGGGUCCUGUUCAGUUCGUCGAGGCCACUUUCCUUUCCUUCUGUCGGCUUCAAUCGGACCGAAGGCUCAGACCAACAAACCGUGAUGGCCACAUCGGGGCAACUCGCUCCGAAAGCACCAAUGGUGUCCCGGCUCAGCGGAUGGCUCGAAGGAGUCUCUCAGGGCUCCACUAGCUCCAGAGCCACGCCGCCUGGCCAGGACUCACAUGGCCUGUUGUCAGUGUCACAGGAACGGCCCAUUGUUCUCGACCCAAAGCGAGUCAGCUUCGGUGUUGCCAUUGCAGAGGCCGCCACUCCACCACGCUUGGACGGCAAAAAAGAAGCAGAAAAUGAGGCUGAGGGCCGUCGCUUGCCAGCACAAGAAGUCUGUGCCUGGGAUCGGACGACCGACGAUGCUAAAAAUCUUCAACAGGACGAUCCCGGAAGAGCAGCAGCGUUGACAAGCGCUGCCGUAACCUCGAAGGAAAGUAGCAGUUCGCCCGAGACACCGCCUUUCAUCAACCCUCAGGUUCCGACGAUAUGGAGUGCCCGGCGUUCUAGCGCCUUCCUUUUUUCGCCGAACAAAGUGCCAACUCGAGACAGCGCCCAACAGACGGACUCAUAAGCGCGCCGUUAUAUUUGCGCGCGAACAAUGGGCAUAAUCUGCCCGGAUCACUCUUGCAUAAAGUCGGUAAACUGAAGAUGGUAAAAUCUGGAAACGGACAGUGGUUACCGCGAAGCCCAAACCGCAUCGCACGCUUGUCUCAGCUUUCUGAAUUUGUAUGGGGGUGAAAGAAUAACAGUCACAUUGCUUUCUG